UUUAUAAAAAAUAUUCAUUUUUAAAACAGUUUUUACAUGACCGCUGGCUUCCCACUGUCAUUUGUUUAUUUACAAUUGCAUUGCAACGUUCUCGCUGCUGUCAAUUACACCCAAAACAGACUGUUUUCUGUUCACUGUAAACUUUUGGUGUAAUUUACCCUGCUUUACAAUGAAUCAAAAAGUGUCCACCGUUAACGAUCCUGAACUGCAGGCCAAAGUGAAGAAAACGACUGAAAAAAUAUCCGAGAAUAUGCACAUCAUUGCCAACGAGCCAAGCCUUGCGUUCUACCGCAUCCAGGAACACGUCCGCAAGGUAAUUCCGCUCAUAGUAGACCGCCGUGCGGAGGUGGUUCAGUUACAGCAGGAUCUGCAGGGCAAGUGUUACGAUAUGGAGUAUGCAAUUAGCGCCGUGAAAGAUAUCGAGGCAGCCGAUACGUCGUUGAAAAACGUGCAAGAACUACUGAAAAAUGCAAUAUUUCUCAAGCAGCAGCUAAAGUACGUAGAAUCCAGACGACCCAAGAAAGACACGAACAGCUCCGUGUACAAGCGGCUUUCGGCACACAUUACGCUGGAUUUGCCCGACCUAACCGACAUAUCCGGGGUGGUGCGAGAAACGACCAAUCGGGUGGAGCACAUGAUGUCGCAAGCGCGAAAUUCAAACAGCAGUAUAAACAACAAUCCUCCAGGUGGUGGUGCGAAUUCGACGGCAGGUCCCGCAGAACUGCAACGGUCCUACACGACGUUACACUAAGCAAGCAAAUCGUAUCGUUACCCUAGUCACAACGCUUAAGUUUCGUUCCUUUUGCUUUCAACGAUCUGUGAUGUUUACGUUCGUUCACCACGCAUUUCGCUCUCUCGCAAGAGGGAAAUCGACAAAAUUGAGUAUUAUAGUUUUGUUCCCCUGUUGGGUGGGAACCGAUCAAUAAAAAUAAUCCUUUAUUUGACGCUA